UUCGUAACUAAGCAACAAGACCGCGCAUCGUCGAACAAUCGAUCUCGUUGUGUGUCUGCAGCGCGCCUCCAUUCGCACCACCACCACCUCCCUUUGUAUUGCCUCGUCGCACACAUUUGAGGAGCAUCUAGUCGCCAUGGCAGCUGCUGCAUCCGCCACCAUGGCCGUGUCGGGCUUGGCCGGCAGCUCCCUCGCGGGGAAGAAGUUGGCCAUCGCUCCCUCCAAGAGCGUCUCCAUGCGAUCUCCCUCCAAGGUUGGAGUUGUCAGUGCCAAAUACGGUGAGAAGAGCGUGUACUUCGACUUGGGUGAGAUCGACAACACCACCGGGAACUGGGACCUGUACGGUAACGACGACCCCAACCGAUACAAUGGUUUCCAGAAUAAGUUUUUUGAGACCUUCGCUGGAGCCUUCACCAAAAGAGGUCUGCUCCUGAAGUUUCUGGUGUUGGGCGGUGCCACCACCAUUGGGUACCUGGGAUCUACCUCCUCCCCCGACCUUCUGGCCAUCAAGAACGGACCCAAGCAAGUUCCCGUAAUGGGUCCCCGCGGAAGGAAGUAAAUGUCUAGCACCCGAUAUUUUGAUCAAUCGUGUAUAACCUUCAAAUGUAAUCUUGAAACACUCUCCUCGAUACGCCGACAUUUUUUGUCUGGUCAUAUGUAUCAUACAGCAAUUGGCACAAUUGUGGAUUGCAUAUCGGAGCGCUUGAAUGUGACCAAGUCUAAUGAUAUUUGAAAAUUCUUUGAGCGUGACAUUUAGGCUUCACUCGAAAAUUUUACUUAUUUUGUAAAUUUGAAAUGAAGUUUUUACAUA